UGCACAGCGGCAAGACGCCCUCGGUGCUGCCAUCCCACGGCCGGUGACCUUUGAACCUUGCACAGCAGCUAAGCCAACUUUGCUACUCCUGCCCCAGGGCUGGCGACCUUUGAACUCUCCUGGGGUCCCCCCCCCCGAGCUCCUGCAGCCCCACUCGCUUCUCUGCUGGGGCAGAGGGUUUAAAUGGUGCCAUGGAGGAAUCUGAAGAGUCUCCCAAGACCUGACUCCUGGGAACGGACGCAACAGAGAAACAGGCUCGCACUGGCCAGGGAUAUGGCUGCUGGGCGGCGGAUGCUGGGUGUGGCUUGGGCCGCCCUGGGGACAGGGGUGCCGGGGCCGCCCCGCCGUGGCACGGCCUCCCUCGCCUCCCGGAUGGCAAAGUACCGGAGGAUGUGGAAGCCUGUGGAGCCCCAGGGGUGGGCUGAGCAGUACAGGGAGCGGUUCAUCCCCUUCACCAAGGGGCAGCUGAUCAGCACCCUUCUCAAGGAGUUCCACUCUUCCAGCGACGCCGAGCGCGCCUCCUUCCUGGCCUUCGUGGCGCGGGUGGAUUCUUCCCUCCUGCAUCGCUACCAUUCCCUCCUGGGGCGCUUGCAGGCUCUCUACGACCCCAUUAACCCCGACCGGGACACCCUGCCAGAGUUGGCUCUGAGCGACACCGAGCGCCUGGCUAAGGAGCGGCAGGUCCUGGCUGAGCUGGAACCGGUGCUGGAUCAAGCCAACUUCAACAGCCUGUCGGACGAUGCCCUGGCCUACGCCCUCAUCGUGCAUCACCCUCAGGAUGACGUCCAGGUUUCAGUCAACCUGGAUCAGUACGAGUACAUCCGGUUCUGGGCCCUCGGCCAGCGUGUUGGAGUCCUCCCGAUUAAAUCCACGCUGGGGCCUCGGAAGGGGCUGUUCGGCACGGCACGGACCCCCGUGGAAAGGCAUUAUUUCAAGCGGGUGCUGGUGGCGGCCCGGCCCAGGAACGCCCACCUGGUGCUGAAGUGCUUCAAGGACAUCCCCUUGGAGGCGCUGGAGCAGCUGCUGCCAGCCGUGAGGAUCCGCACGUCCAUCUUCUACAAGACGCUGCUGAAUGUCACGCUCGUGGUGAGCGGGCUGGUCCUCUUCGUCAACGUCGGCAUGGUGGUGCUGUCUGACCUCAAGAUCGGCACCAGUUUCCUGCUGCUCUGCUUCGCCGCCUUCAUGACCUUCCGCGCCUGGAAGGUGUUCGGGCAGCGGCGGAACAUCCACUCCCUGGAGCUGGCGCACAUGCUGUAUUACCGCAGUACCUCCAACAACUCGGAGCUGCUGGGGGCGCUGGUGCUGCGGGCGCAGGAGGAGCACGCCAAGGAGCUGAUCCUGGCACACAGCUUCCUGGGCCGGCAGCCAGCCCGGCCCCCGCACGGCCCCGCAGACCCUGAGAUCGUGGCUGGCCUUCAGGAGCACGUCCAGUCGUGGCUGCAGCUCCACUCGGGCCUGGAAGUCUCCUUCUGCGCCGACCGCGCCUGCCGGCACCUGCUCAGCCUAGAGGAGGGGCACCGGGCCGAUCCCGCCAUGGCCCCUGGGUCCCACUGACGCCCUCUGGCUGUUUGCAGCGUGGGCACCCCCGGUCCCUUCUCCUGGCUGCGCUACAGCCACUCCGGAGGGAAGGGCAGGGACAGCACCGGAGGGGGCCCUCUAUCGAGCAUGCAACACCUUGUGGGGGAGGAGAACUGAGCCCCCCCCAUGCGCACACACUCUAAGCAUGUUCCUGGUGCAUUCUGGGAGUCCUGCCAACUCCCAUGCUUGGCAUGGCCCUGCCGUUACCCAGCUACUGCCAGGGCUGGAUUGCUGGGUCAUUAACCCCCUCUAGGCCGCCUGGUGCCCGAGGGGUUCUGUCGGCCACCAUUCAAGAAGGAUGCUGGGAAAUUGGCAGGGGAGCGCCGGCCCAUUGACACCAAUGGAUCAAAGCCCAUUCAGCCCGGCGGGC